AUGGGACGUCGUGCCCGUUUGGCGGAUUCUGCAGCUCCUGCGGGCGACCUGGCAGCAUCCAGAGCGAUUGCUGUAUGUACAGCAUACUGGAGUCAGAAGAAGGCAGAUUACACAGAUGUCGCCCAGCGUGCUGAAGCCAUUGUGGACAGGGCUGAAUUUCCAGACGCAUCCAAAUUGAACCAAACUCUGACUGAUGGAGAUGAUUAUGCCUUUGUCACAAUCUUGUUGUCUCAGCUGCAUAAUCUCCAGUCCCUCCGUCUUGACUAUGGGUUUGUCUGGAGGCCCGGUAUCCAAGGUUAA